UGCGCAGACUGCGGACGUCCGUUCCCAUGGCAACCCUCGCGCGAGGCCCCGGAUCUUGGAGUGAAAAUAUUCUGGAAUAUUUUUUGAGAAACAACCAGAUUACAACAGAAGAUGGCGCUGAGAUUAUCUGGUAUCAUGCAGCUAACCACAAGGCACAAAUGAAUGAGGCAUUGAAAAGUACUGCUCACAUGAUAGAGGCUGAUGUUCUUCUUUCAAGUGAUGCAUCAGAACAUGGCCAACCAAUUAUGGCCCAUCCUCCCGAAACAAGCAGUGAUAAUACUCUAUGGGAGUGGCUGGCUGAAGUUAUGAAAAGCAAUAAAGGCAUCAAGCUUGAUUUCAAGAGUCUGGCAGCUGUAGAACCAUCCAUGGUGCUUUUGGAAGAUGUGAAGAGGCAUCUGAAGCGUCCUGUAUGGAUUAAUGCUGAUAUUCUUCCUGGUCCAAAUGGAAAUAGUAAAAUAGUAGAUGCAAAACCAUUUAUAGAUACAGUGACAUCCUUCUUUCCAGAUGUGACAUUUUCUCUGGGUUGGACAACAGGAUGGCAUCCUGAUAAAGUCAAUGAAGGGUACAGUUGGACAAUGGUGAAGGAGAUGGAAUGUAUAUGUAGUGACCUAAAUCAGCCUGUCACAUUCCCUGUCAGAGCAGCACUAGUCAGGCAGUCUUGUUCACAGUUACUUUGGUUAUUAAAGAAAUCAAACAGGUACAGCCUGACUAUUUGGACUGGAAAAAAUGAUAACUAUUCCAUUGAAGAUUUACUUUAUAUUAGAGACCAUUUUGACAAAAACCAAGUUUUCUAUGACAUCUUGGAACCACAAAACCACGAAUUUAAACAAGCCAUUGGAAUCAACGUUAAUCUCUAAGAAGAUUCUUCUAAAUUGUUUCCUAUGUUUUGGUUUCAUAAUCCUUCUUGCAUUGGUCUGAAUUAGCAUAUACAAUAUGAUUGUUUAGUUUAUGUUCCAAUUCAUCCAAUCAAGAAACAUUGAUUGCUUACUCUGUUGCCAUUUGUCCUUAUAACGGCGCACUUAAAAGAUUUGGAAAGAAGAGGUUUCUGUGGUCCUAGUCUAAUAAUUUAGGAAAACAAUGCUCUGAACCCCUUUAUAAAAAGUAAUUUUGAUACACUGAAGAUGAUUGGGAGAAUCCACAUAUGUCAUAAAACAAGCAUAAAUUACAUUUAAUUGGCACCUACAUUACAGAAAUUGCAAAAAAAAAUAUGGCAUCCUCCUUUCCUUUCUCCUGGAAGACUGGUUAUUCCAGAGAUUUAAAAAAAAAAAAGAAGACUUUAAAAAUGUUUUUAACUUUCACAGGGGUGAGUAGCUGUCUCAUGCCAAAUCUAAUCCAUUUCCUGAAACUAUAGUUUAAAUUAGAUCUAGAAUUUCCAUAUUGUUGGGAGGCAUACUAGCAGCUAAGGAUAUUUUUCGUAUCAUUUAUUUCUAUCGUAUCUUAUCUACAGUGAACAAUAUACUGUUGGAAAACAGUCUUAAUCCUUAAUAUAUCACUUGUUUUCCAUGGUCCUCACUGCCGCCACCUUCGUUCAGGUCCUUAUUCCCCUGCUAGAAUUUUAUAAGCUACUUCUCUAUGUCUUCAUUCCUCACACUUUACUCGGACACCCUGAGUUUUUCUGCUAAACAAAACUUUCUUAAAUACUCUUUUCUAUAUGCCAAAUCAAAAAACUUCAAGGGCAUAAAUUCUAUUCUAUUCAGUUUUUGUCUUUCAAGACCCUCUAUAAUGCAGUCCCACCCUAAAAGUCAUUUAAUGUGCUCCAACACAAGCCUUCAUUUUAAAAAUUCAUUCAAGAUCAAUGGUCUCUAGAUCUUUAACAGUUCAUUUUAACUAAUUAUGUCAUCCUUGUUGGUUAUGUCUCCUCAGCUAGAUUGUGAAUCCCUUUAUGGUACAUGCUUAAGUAUCCUUUGCAGUGCCUGUGUAGUCCUAAGCAAAGCAUUCAGGAAAAUGUAUUACUUGUUUGAUUUAUUAAAAAGUAAUUUACCAGUGAAUGUCCUAAGAUACUUGUUUGCCUUUGGUUAAUCAACCAUUUUUUUUCUCCCAGAGAAUAAAGUAGUUUAUACAAAGAAAA